CGUUUUCUAACACUAGGCAGCGACAACACAUUUCUGAAGCAGCAGCUACUUUGUUGAAAACCUUUCGUAAAUAAAUAAAUAAUAAUGAGUUCCGGAUUUGUAACUGAAUCCGAAGCGGCCGAGGCACGUAAGCGUCGUCAGGAAGAGUGGGAACGAGUGAGACAACCGGACGAUCCCCUAGAAAGACCAGAGGAGCCCUACGACGGACGUUCGCUCUACGAGCGAUUGAAGGAGCAAAAAACCAAAAAGGACAUGGAAUACGAGGAAGCGCAUAAACUUAAGAAUCUAAUACGCGGUCUGGACGAUGAUGAGGUGCAGUUCCUCGAGCUCGUCGAUGCUCAUAAAAUGAAUGCCGAGCGACAGCAAAUGCGCGAUGAGGAACUCGAAUUAAAAGACUUUCGUAAUCGAGUUGAGAAGCUGCAGGAAGAGAGUGUUGACAAGAAACUGCAGGCGGAGAUCAAAACCACAUCCAAAUCUAUUGGCGUUGCAUCGACGACGCGGAAUACUCAAAAAUCAUUGCUGGGACAAGGCAUAAAACGCCGAAAUGGAGAAGUACCAACAACCAGCAAAGUGGCAAAACUGGAACAAACAGCCGUCAGCUCAACUGAAACCACAAGUGCUACGCAACAUGAAAUGGGCGGACUCAGAUGCAUUGCCAUAUUGCCUGGUAUUGGAUCUUAUACCGAAUCGAGCGACUCGGAGGCAAGCACGGAUACCGAUGAUCUGGAUCAGGAUAAAAACAGUCUAGUGGACUUGUGUGGUCGCAAGAUAAUCAAAAAGAAGCAAUGUGCUACUGAAUGA